GACCAACUAUAUAUAAGAUGGUCAGACAGGCAAUACCAACAGACCACAGCUCAAGGGAAACACAGUUAAAAGAAACUGUGAGAGGAGUUUCCUAUCAAGCACUACUGAGUUAAAGAAGGAGACAAGAUUGAGAGUGGAUUCACACAGUGCUUUAUACAAGGACAGGGUACAAAACUGCCUAAUUUUUAAUCUUGGUCCUCACCUAAUCACUCUAAAGCGCUGGCCGGAUAUUGAUUUACGCCAAGGGAACCAUCUAAACACUAAUGAGUGUGACCAACUCCUCUGCCUAUCGAUCGGAGUGCAGUUACCACCAGACAUCUUCCACUCCCUCCUCAUCCUCAACAAACCCAUACAUGGAGAAGAGCCGGGGACUGUUUGCUGAGGACUUUGGAUCGUUCAUGUGUCCAAACGAUGCUUUGGGAUUUCCAAACAGAACAGGGACAGAUGGAAACAUCAAGACACUGGGAGACACAUACCAAUUCACAGUGGAUGUCCAAGACUUCUCACCUGAGGAUGUCAUAGUCACCACCUCAAACAAUCAGAUUGAAGUUCAUGCUGAAAAGCAGCUUGCUACAAAUGGCACAGUGAUGAACACAUUUACCCAUAAAUGCCAGCUACCAGAGGAUGUGGACCCCACCUCGGUGAAGUCGUGUUUAGGAGCCGAUGGGACUCUCACUAUAAAGGCACAGAGACAGCCUGCAAAACUGGAGCAUGCGCAGACAUUCCGCACAGAGAUCAAAAUCUAGAUGUUUUCUCUAAGCUCUUGUUUCACUGUGAUAACUGACCUUGAAAAUAGUUUCUAAAUCCUGCUUUGCCAUUCCACCAUGGCCUCCUCUCAUAUCUUCUCUAUUAGACAUGGAUGGAUUUUAACCCUAGAAAGCAUAUGUAACUUUAACCCCCUAAAAUGCAUAUCUGGGUUAAAGUUACAUGCAACAAAUUACUCAUUUUUGUCAAUGAAAAUAGAUUUUAAUUAUACAUUUUUGGGUGUUUUUAAUGGGAUGAUAUGCCUAUUUUGGUAACACUUCAUAAUAAGGUUACAUUUGUUAACAUUAGUAAAUGCACAUUAGGUGUCAUGAACUAUGAGUGAACAAUGAACAAUAUAUUUGUUACAACAUUUCUUAAUCUUUAUUAAUGUUAGUUAAUAAAAAUACAAUUGUUCAUUGUUAGUUCAAGUUAGUUCAUAAUGCGUUUACUAAUGGUAACAUAUAAAAAUUUUCAUUUUUAAAAAUGUGUUAGUAUACUGUAUGUUGAAAUUUACAUUAACCAAGAUUAAUAAAUGCUGUAAAAGUAUUGUUGAUUCUUAGUUCAUGUUAAAUAAUGUGUAACUGUAACAAGUGUAACCUUAUUUUAAUGUGUUACCCCUAUUUCUUUUAUUUAAUAUAUUUUAUUCUGAGUAGUUUAACACAAACUGAAAGUGGAGUAUAAGUUUCUGGUGGAGCAGGGCAAUUGAAGUGAAUUCCAAAGGAAACACAUAUGGAAACUAGGGGUAAAGAUGAUUCAAACACCCUUUUAAUUAAUAAUAAUAAUAAUAGCAAAAUACAUAAUCAAAUACAUCUUAAUUGAUGAAUUCCUGGAGUUUAUUUAGUAUUUUCCAGUAGGAUUUUGUAAAUGUAAAGCUGUGUUGUGUUUAUGCGAUUAUUAUCAGAAUAGAAUAAAAUUAGAACGCACUUGAUUUA